AUGAAGAAACUAUCGAAUUAUCUUUUGGUAUAUCUUAUCACUGUUCAGCUGUGUUUUCGUUGUGGUCAAACAAAAACAACAGAUAAUGGUCUAUCAGAUCCGUUAGGAAUGGAUCAGGCAAUCAUAGUCCUUAGAAAUAAAAACUGUCCAGAUCCAAUUUCUUUCAUGUACAAUCUUGUCGUGUGCGAACAAUGUGAUUUCGAGCGUUUAAGUGAUCCUGUUCCCAUGGAUUCUAAUGAAACUUUAUCGAUAGAUACAAGAUUUCCAUAUGAUUUUCAGCUUUUCUCAGGUACUAAGAAUGCCACCAUUCAAUGUCAUAUAGAAUCCUAUCGAUUUUCUGAGCAUGGCACAUAUUUAUUUGAAGUUAGACAGAUCCAUCCAAAUGUCACUUCCUGUACGAUAACUCAAACCCAAGAAUCAAGCUAUUACUGGACACCUAUCAUCAUAGUGAUUCUACUACUACUGCUAUUGGUUUUUCUGAUUCAAUUGUUUCGAUUUAUUCAACGAAAACAGUAUUUUAAUCGUAUUCUAACAAAUAGAAACUAUCAAGAGUUAGUUGGUAAUCAACCGAGUCCUGCACCACGGCCGAGUUUAUUUGCUCAUCGACUAUCCUUGCCUGUUAUACCGGAAGAAACCCAUACUAACGAUGUGCAUCCAGUCAUCAAUACUACGAAUGAUUCCCCAUUGAUUGGCUCAACACGUUUAUCAGAUAAUUCAGUUAAAAUUACCAAAGGUUUACCGAAACGACUUCAAUCAUUGGAUACAUUCCGAGGAUUUUCCUUGAUGGUAAUGAUCUUCGUCAAUUACGGUGGUGGUGGUUAUUGGUUCUUUGAUCAUUCAGGUAACAAGAUCUUUUCUGCUCAUGAUAAAACACCACUUGAAUCUUCAUUUUCAGUUUGGAAUGGUUUGACUCUUGCUGACUUGGUAUUUCCAUGGUUCGUUUGGAUGAUGGGGGUUUCCAUUGUGCUUUCGCAGCGAUCACUUUUGAAAAAGAAAGUUUCGAAAUUGAAUAUUCUAUUGAAAAUAUGUCGACGUACCGUGAUUCUAUUUCUCUUGGGUUUAAUCUUACAAGGUGGGUACGGAAAACCAAAAAACCUUCGAAUUCUGGGUGUCUUACAACGUUUGGCAUUAUGUUACUUUUUCACAGCAGUGAUUAUACUUAUUUUUGAUGAAGAAGAUCAGUCUCAUUCAUCGACAUGGCCCAUCGGCGAUGACGUUUAUCAACCCAUCAGCCAAGAAUUGAGAAAUACGGUAUUUCAGUUUUGGCCAGAGUGGAUUUGCGUGACGGGAAUUGUCAUUGCAUGGAUUAUGAUUACGUUCACUCCGAAGAUAGACGGGUGUCCGAGAGGCUAUAUAGGACCCGGUGGAAAACACAUGCAUGGAAUGUAUAGGAAUUGCACUGGAGGUAUGGCGGGGUAUUUCGACCGACUAAUUUUAGGAAGUGCCCAUCUAUAUGGCUAUCCGACAUGUAGAGAAAUCUAUCACACCGAGAUACCGUAUGAUCCAGAAGGUAUUCUGGGAGUUUUCACUGGUAUAUUUUUGUGUUAUCUUGGUGCCCAUGCUGGCCAUUGUUUUGCAUAUUCUACUCGUGUAUUUCGAACUUGUACAUUAUGGGUAACAUCUGGUUUGAUAUGUGGAUUCUUUGGUCUUCUCUUAUCGAAAGGUGGUCAAUCAGAGAGUUGGAUACCAAUCAACAAGAACCUUUGGUCAUUAAGUUUCAUAUUCGUGUUAGCUGGUCUUGCAUUUAUCAUCUUAACCGUACUUUAUCUCCUUGUGGAUGUCAAACAAUGGUUUACAGGAGAACCGUGGCUUUGGUUAGGAAUGAAUUCGAUUGUACUGUCGAUAACACACACAAAGAGUUAUUAG